CUCACUUUUAACCUACAACAAUGUCAACUGAAGAAGAUUGGAGAUCAAUCAAUACUGCCGGUACAACCCUCUCAACUAUUGACGGCAAGAUGCAAAUCACCUUGGAUAAGAGAGUUACUCACAAGGCUUUCAAGGAAGUUUUGGAAUACCUCUACACUGAUAAAGUCAGUUGGGACAAGGAUACUGAAAAGGAUUUGAUCAAGGAAACCCAAGAAGCUGCCAAGUAUUUGAGUUUGGACAGAUUAGAUGUUAUUGCUGAAACUUAUCUUGAUAAGAGCAAGAAUGUUGUUGUUCCAGAAUCCUCUUGGUGGAAGAACAUGAAGUGGGCUUUCGAAAACUUGAGAACUGGUAAAUGGGAUUUGUCUGACUUGACUUUGGUCUGUAGCGAAGAAGAUGGUAAGACUGUUGAAGUUAAGUGCCACGCUGUUAUCUUGACUAGCGCCUGUAAAUACUUCCACGGUAUGCUCUUGGGUGAUGUUGAAAAUGAACAAAAGAAGACCAUGAGAAUUGAUAUUGAAGAUGCCACUGAAAAGCAAAUGUUGGCCAUCCUUAAGUAUAUUUACACUCGUGAAUUCGAAGUUGAAGUUGAUGAUGUUGUCGGUGUUUGGAUCGCUGCUCACAAGUUCUUGUUGGAAGAUUUGCAAGUUGAAUGUGAAAGUAUGAUCAUGAAGAAUAUCAACAAGGAAAAUGUUGAAGAAAUCAAGAAGAUUGCCGAAAUGGUCCAAUCCAAGAGAAUCAUUGAACUCUGUGAUGAAAUUCAACACAAGAAUUAAAUGAUCAAACUUUGAUCUAAAUGUAAUACUACAAAUUUUUCCCUCCCUUUACUCCCCUCCCAUGAAUCAUUCGACUGUACAAAGAUCUACCAAUAAAAAAACAUCUUCAGAUUGUUAUCCAGUUAUC